CCAGCCGGGCUCUGUUACUGGCUGCUAGGAGCAGAGAUGCAGAGACACUGUAGGGGGAAGGGGAGGAAGAUGCUGUUUCCUCACCUCCAUCCCUCUCUCAGUUCAUCAUCAGUUUCUCUCCUGUUCAGGUCAGGCAGGGUUGAUCUAACAGGAUGGACCUACAGUCCACAGACUGGAGCUGCUGGAGCUGCUAUUUACCGAACAGAACCAUGGGAGCUGGAGUCCCCCGGGGGUGCAGCAGAACAGCUGAUCUGCUGAGGAUUGUUGGUCAGCAGAGUUGGAAGAUGUGAGCUGGUGGGCGGGCGCCGCUCAGCAAACUCUUGCUGUCUCCUCUCUCCUCAUUGCUGCUGCAGCUUCAUCAUCAGCUUCCUUAGCCUCUCAUCUCCUUCUCCAUCUGACUGCUCCACCAGGAAGAGCCAGGAUGGGCUGUCGCCUCAGCCGGACCAAGGCUAAGACGCAUGAAUCUUCCCGUCAUCGGCGCCGAGAAGAGCUUCACUUUGUGGACGAGUAUGGUCAGCCCAUCACAGUGGCAGUGGAAAGUAAAAGUGGGCGUGGUCACAGGAGGCGGCGGUCCCACUGUGCCAUCGAGUGUAGCCUCCCACCAGAGAGGCACUGGGAGGCCCUGAGAGCGAUGGGUCUAAUGGAGGGGGAGGAAGGACAGGGAGACGUCUACGGUGCAGGGAGCUACUAUGGACACAUGACGGUGUCCCCUGAGCCAUACCCUGCCAACAGCCACAUGAUGUUGUCAUCUGAUGUCUAUCCAACCAAUUACCUCCCCACAGCAUCAAAUGAUCAGCAUCCAGGUAACAACUACCUGCCUAGCGUCUCCUACAGCUUGGACCAUCUGGACAGACUGGACUACCAGAGUCCAGAGAUGUUGCCUCACCAGCCCAGCUCAGAAAGCUGUCUGAUUGGCUGCUACAGCUCAGAAGAAGGGACGAGUUUCCCCAGACAGUCGGACUAUCAUCCUACCUGGAGGCCUGACCGUCCACUCAGUUACCUCCCCCUCAGUGAGCUGGACAGCGGCUUAGGGUGCGGGCCAGACAGUCCACACCCCAGGGUGGCACUCUCUGAAGCUGAGACGGAUGCCAUGUCAUCACUUCCGGGUCACACCCCUUCCUCCCAAGGUUCCUCCUCCUCCUCGGAGUCCCUGAUCUCGUCUGAACCCAGCGACUCCGGCUUCCACAGCGUCAGCACCGGGGAGCACAGACGGCUGCACAAGCUUCCCAGCACCCACACUCACCGACCAACUCCGCACCUCCGAUCAGGCCACUCCCCUCGAGAGCAGAGGGCACGGUGGGAUUUGGAGUCCAUCCCUGAGACGACGCCAGUGACCCACUCUGGACCACCACAGGCGUCCCGGUGCUCUGUGGGAAACAGCACCACUACAAUGGUUCACUUUCACAGAGCUGAGAGAAGCCCCACUUUACCGCAUCACAAUUCACCCCCAUCACCCUUCAUGGGUAGCCGCACUGAGCCCUGCCAACGGAGAGCGUUGUGGUUGGAGCAGCAACAGCAGGGUCGAGGUGGAAGGAUUGAGGUCCCAGUAAGGAGUCGGACAAUAACAGAUCUGAGUGAAGGCCAGCAGCGCCGCAGGGCAAGUCAUCCCAACAUGACGGACCCAAACGUUCUAAGAAACACUCACCAGAGCAGCCAUCAAAGUCCAAGCAGGAACAUGAUGGGGCCGAGGAGCAGGGCCAGUUAUCCCAGUCACUGUCAUCCCACCGGUCAUGUCGGCCUAGACAGAGUCAGCCUGAUCAAUCAUCCAAGUUCAAACCGAAGCAAAGAGGAGGACUCCCUCUCCAAAAGCCCUGGAUCUGCCUCCAGUGGGGUCUCGGACUGGCGGGGCUUUCAGACACUCGGCAGUUACGUGGAAAAACCCAAAAGUUCCUGUGGUCCUUUUUACAGCACACUGGGAGCUCCACAACGUAGUCCUCGAUCUCCAACAUCUCCCCGCUCCAGGAUAUCCAAUCAGAAGUCAGUAAGGAACCAGCUGCUCCGAGCUCGUGCUUACCGAUUGGCCAGGGAGCGCAGUGAGGUCACAACAGAUGAAGAGAUGCGAGGAGACGGUCUGAAAGGAGGUGAGGAUGAAUGGGAGGAUGGUCGGUGGGCAGGGAGAUACUGGAGUCGAACAGAAAGAAGACGUCACAUGGCACUGUCACGGCAACACAGAGAGAGGAGAGGUGGAGCGGAGGAGCAUUUGGGUGGGUGCCAGGGGGCGGCGUCAUCUCAGAUGGUGCUAGAGCUGAGCCACCUGAAGCAGAACCGGCUGAGGAACAGCAAGCUGCUGGAUGAUUGGACCACGGUAGAGGAGCUACUGACACACGGGACUCGGGUAGAGAGCGACAGUCAGCUGUGUCCCAGUCCGCUGCUGUCAGUUACCACAGUUUGA